GCCACUACCACUACGGCUCGGGCUACCGACAACAAAGGACGUUCUGCUUUUUGACUAGUUGAUUGCCUUUCUGUUGCUGCCCUACUGAGAAGGGGAUAGCUCGACUGUAAGGUUUUCUUGGCUCCUUGCUUAUCCAGAACUGACAUAGGUUGUCAAACAAACUAGGCAAACUUACCUAGCCUAGCUAGGCCUAGCUAAGCUAAGCUGCCAACCCUCGGUCCCACGCUCGAUCCAAGGGAAGGCCUGUGCUGGCGGCAGGCAGGGUCGGACUAGCCUAGGCCUAGCCGCCUACUACUACGGUUCCCAUCUGCACUAGGCCUAGGGUAGGGCCUCUCUCUAGUCUAAGUGCCUAGACCUAACGUAAUAUUUUUAUAUUUUAUCAUGUCCGUCAAGUAAGAAGUUGAAGCAGUGAAGAAUCAUUUUGAGCAUGGUGAGGUUGUUUGCUACACUGUCAUCAACUAUGAAAAGAAAUGUCGGGAAUUCAAUGAAGAAGAAGUCAUCCAGGGGAAGUAAAUCCCAAAAAGAAAGUGCAGUUGAGAGGCCGAAGGCAGGUCUGGCAACCGACAUCUCCGCCGGUGGUAUUCACAGUUCAGCAUCUUCAAGCAGCAGUAAUAACGUUAACCCGAAGAGAAAUACACGUCAAAAGGCCGGUCCAAAAAAAUCAAGUACGAGUCUAGAAAAAUCUUUUGAGAAAUUAAGUUUACGAGAAAAAAGCACAUCAACAAGAUCUAGUUCAUCAUCUGCUAAAUAUACAUGUAAAACUUUGGAAGAUGUGGCAAGGUGGAUUCUAAAUAAACGUAGUAAGAACAUUGUAGUAAUGGCUGGUGCAGGCAUAAGCACACCUAGUGGUAUACUAGAUUUCAGAACCCCUGGCACUGGUCUAUAUGAUAAUCUUCAGCAGUACCAGAUCCCCUACCCUGAGGCUAUCUUUGAUAUCGACUAUUUCCAUAAUGAUCCACGUCCAUUCUUUACGCUGGCCCGCGAGCUGUACCCGGGAAAUUUCAAGCCUAACUACGUGCACUACUUUGUAAGGAUGUUGCACGAGAAAGGACUGCUUCUAAGAAUGUAUACACAGAAUAUCGAUGGACUUGAACGACUGGCUGGCAUUCCUCCUGUUAAGCUUGUGGAGGCACAUGGCACAUUUUCAACGGCAUCAUGUGUCAGGUGUGGAAUGAAGACUAAUAGUGAUAACAUCAAGGCUACUAUUCUUUCUGGUAAUAUACCAAAGUGUAAAUCCUGUUCUGGCAUAGUCAAGCCAGAUAUUGUAUUUUUCGGAGAGGACCUUCCUAAACAGUUUUUCUACUACCUGAAAGACUUCCCACAAUGUGAUCUAUUGAUCGUCAUGGGAACAUCAUUGCAGGUUCAACCGUUUGCUGGUAUUGUGGAUUCGGUGAGAAGCAACAUACCGCGGUUACUCAUCAACAGAGAAGUCGUUGAGCCGUUUGCGUCUAAGAAGCGAUUCAAUGAUGUGUCAAAUGAAGGCGAUAUGGUUGAAGGUGUUCGUAAGUUUGCUCAAGUUCUCGGAUGGAAGGAAUCUAUGGAGGAUCUUAUACUUGAAUGUGAAAAGAAACUGGAGAAGCAUUCUGAAAAGGAUAAAACUACUUCCAUGGAAAAGUUGAAGUGUAAUGAAAAUUCAAAUAAUGGUACUAGGCCUAAGCCGCCAAAAGGUGCGAUCUCGGAUACAAAGUCUUCAGGAAGAUUAUCGCACACAAGCACACGAAGUAUACACACAAGUAUACGACACAUUAUGUCCGAUGCUGCUUUGAACGUUCGUGGCAAGAGCCAACUGAGAGGGGCAGGUAAUGUAUGCAUGCCCCAAUUUGUUGGAAAAGAGUUAUGUUCUUGCCAAAACAAAGGUAGCUCUAGUAGCGAAGAAUCAAGCAUUUCCGAAAAAAAUAGUUCUAGUGGCGAUGGCUGAUUUUUUAAUUGUUUACUGUAGUCAGUGGCUUAUCUAAAGGUCUUCAAAUCGAGAGGGUGCAAAGGUGAAGUGGGGGAUCGAUGAUUAGGUAAGGGGGCGCUAGCUGACAAAAUAAGGUUUGAGGUUAUUUUUUGACUACUUGACAUUUUUUUGAAAUGGUCGCUAUUACUGUCUGUGUUGAGCAAGAGAAUUGUAUUUAAAUUACAGUACUGUACUACUGUUGUAUAUACAGUUUAGCUUUCCAUUCAAAAUUAAAGCGAGAAAAUAUUUUCUUGGCCAAAACUGAUACAUUAUAUAAGAUAUUUAAAUCUGAUCUGUUGAAGUACAGUAGAAAUAUUUAUGGUAGAAACUGUAAUGGUGGAGUUUUGAUGUUGAAUGAUAAGAGUGGGGUUUCAUGCCAGUCUUAAGGUAGGCAAAAGUUCAUGCUAGAAAGUGCCAUAUAAUAUAACUUAUCAUAUAAUAUAAUUUAAUUUAUAUGAUAGGGGUGCAAGUUAAAUUUACGUGUAUAUAUUCCAUAUAGCAUAAUUUAUUCUCCUGGUGCAGUGGUUCUUUCUCAAGGAAUUAACCUUUGCCUAAAUUUAUAUAAGACAUACAGUACUGCAAUAUGAGGUUAUUAAUAAUAACUGCUUAUUAUUUUGUAUAUUUAAACAGAAAACAUAAAAUGUUUUGCCUAUAUUAUCGGACAUUCAAAUAACGCCAUUCAAAGCAAACUUUGUUAAAUGUCUGUAAAUUAUUAAAAAUUUCAUACGAGAUUUUGUUUUCUAUAUGAGCAGCUCAGUUUUAUCAUGGGUGGAGGAAGCGGUCCAGAAGGCCAGGGGCGGAUUGCUAUAAAACAGUCUUCACCUCGAAUGAAGCUGGCUUUAUCACGGUCUUACUAAAGUCACUCUGAAAAGACCAUUGCUAUGAAACGGUCUUUGCUUAGACCGCUUUGAGUAUUGAAACGCAAAAAAAAACUCCCUGGUAACAUAAAAUUUAGGGUGCUGUAACGCUUGCUGAAAACAUGCAUAUUUAUCGAAAUGAACGCAAAUAAACUGGUUUUUUUACGGGGUUCGAUUCUUAGUCUUUGACGAUCUAGGUCUAGUACCUGUAACGCCAUGAUUAAAAUGAUUUAAGACUGUUCUGAGCCUCCUCCGAGUAGGAUUUAAGAUGGCUAACUGGUUAGACCAAGGUAUAGCAAUGGUCUAUAAUCAUAGACCAUUAGUGUCGCCACGAUUAAAGCCAGCUAAGCGUUAAGACCGAUUUUAGCAAUCUGCCCCUAGUGGCCACCUGACCUAUAUUUUGCCAAGAUAAAUAUGUUAUUUGAUAUGUUUUUAUAUUUAAAAAAAAAUAAAAAAUCCCAGGUGCGAUGAACUAAAACAAAAUGCUUUUUCACAAUUUAAUAUUAUACUUUAACAAUAAUUUUUUUAAGUUUGCGAGUGCUAUUUUCCGGGCAUCGAGAAGUGCCAAAUACAUCUCUAAGUGGAAUCUCCUGCAUGACCAAUACACCAAAAUACUUUUGCCGCCCAUCUACUCAGCCGAGAUUAUAAAAAAGUAUUAUUUUUACAUCUGUUAAUUGGUGUUGAAACAAUUUAAGUAUUGUACAAUACUGUAUAAUAAUAUUAGAGAUAGCUCGAAGUCAAUGGUUUUACUUUCGUUGUCGCCUUCAUCUUGAUUCUGCAAUUACUGUACCUACAAGGCCACGCACGUCUGUUUUUGCCACCUUGCAACCAUGUUAAUUUUAUUUCUUUUGCCUUUAAAUUUACUGGCAGUGAAAUUAACAGUCAACCAAACAAGAUUUGUUUUCAAUCCAUGUCUCAGACAACAAAUUACAAAAUCCAAAAUACCAUUUCAUCUUUUAAUGUACUAUUUGACAAACAAUAUCAGUAACAUAUUUUAUAAAUGACAGUGGUUUUUGUUACUAGACAUCGGAUAGAUAAAGCAAGUUAUUCAUACAGAGUACAGACAGGUUGCCAAAUUUCUCGUCAAUAUCUGAAUUCAAAGCAAGUACCUUCAAAAACAUUAAGGAAGGUCACACAACAUCUACACAUUUUAAACUAUAUUAGUAAUGCUCACAAAACACAUAUACCCUUACUCGGACAGACUAGACUUGCGAUGUAAUUGGUGGUAAUCCAAAUUUGAAUACUCUCAUUCAAUGCCAUAAUUUUAAGGCAAAUUCAGACAAAAAACUUUACAAUGGUUUGACUGACCUCAGCCAAUCAUUGUCAGUAGAAUUUAUUGAAAACAGACAACAAACCGUGAUCUCAAUUACUAUUGGUGAGCUUUCACACACGAUUGUGAUUUUGUGCGAUCAUUUAAAGCACUUGCUGCAUCGUAUCACAAAUGUAGUCUAGCCUGAAUAGGGUAUUAUCUCGGACUCAUUUUCAAACUCAAUGCAUAAAGUCAUUCAGCAUUGUUUUCGUUCAUUUCCUGUCCAGUUCUGUUGUUGCAUCAUUUGCAUAUAUGUAACUGCCCUACUGGUCAACUAGGAAGCAUCAACAAUGCCAACAAAAUUACUUUUAGCUGUAAUAAUUUCAAUAAUUACAUAUUAGUAUAAGUGACCUCGGAAGCUAUCGGUAACAAUUAAAUAUGGAACUUUGUAGAAAGAUAUUGCAAUAAGAAAAAGUAAAACAUUAGUUUGAAUUAUAAAUGGUUUGCCCCAAAUAAUACAGUGAUACAAUAUCAAGCAAUUUGUAUAGCAGGUUUCUAUGCACUAAUUUGUGCAAAUAAAGCCAAUAGAGCCUAAGAAAUUUUCUGAUGCCCAGUACAAAAUUUCCUGUUACUGUAGCUUAAUGCAAGCUGCUAUACUAAUUGUUUUACAGUUUAAGCCAAUCAAAUGAUGUAAAACUGAGGAAAAAUUUCAUCUUGGCCUAUCCUCCUCCCCUGCCCCAUAUCCUCUACCAAUGCCAUAUCCAGGGUCAUUCAUUGUGCCUCUAAGUAGAUCUAAAAUACUCCCAGUCAAAAUAUUUUUCAGUCUAUUAGUCUGUUUAGCCUCUAUGAAAUCUAGAAAUUUCUUAAAUUUCCCUUUAUCAAUGAGAUUAAAUCACAUUUUGCAUGUUUCGAUAGUUUUCUUUGCUCUAUGAAUGCCACAUUUACCGAAUUUACUCUAUGCAAUUUUCAUUUGUCAAUGAAAAAAAGUAAAUAACAUGCCAUUAAAACAUUGAUGGCUUUAGUGAAUGUAUAAUGGUGAAAAAAACCAUGCACUAUCAUCAAAUUAGUGCAUGGAAUAAAAUAAGAAAAAUGUAUUGAAGAUUAUGGAGCAGCACUGGUAAACGAUCCAUCUCCACCAGAAUUUAAAACUGGCAAUUUUGAAUAUACUGUAUAGUACAUGUACGCUAAAUGUCAAACUAAUACAACACAAAUAGUUUGUGGUGUAUCUGAAUGCCAGUAGAAAUUGAAUUGUAUUUCUCAUUAUUGUCAUAUUGAUGAGAUGACCAGAGCUUGUGUGAAUUAAGAGAGAUAACGUUGUAUAUUUAUGAGUUUUGGAAACGAGAAAACCAGUGCAAAAAAACACUCUCACCGUGCUCCUUAGGGAGGCAUCUAUUACAAAAUAUUUAUAUUAUCCUGAUAUCACUUUGAAAUCAACAUAGAAAAUACAUUUAUAUUUUAAGUAUUUAAUAAGCAUUAAUUGAAGUGUAAUUGGCCUUGUAAUUUGGUUCAAAAAUUAUAGCAUCACUCAAAACUAAACAACUGUCUGAUUGGCCGGACUAACUGUAAAUAUGAGGGCGGUAGAUUCUCAAUGUUUUCUUGUACAAAAUACAGAGCUAUAUACACUGAAUACCCAAGAAUCAAAAUUGGUAUUCAAGGCUAAAUUAGUUCAUUUUAAUGACAAUCAUUAUCAUAUAUUUAAGUUACAUCCACAAGAAUGAGAGUGAUAGUAGAAGACCAGAACAACUACUGCAGACUUUUUUUUUUACUAUUUUUCAUAAGGAAACAAUGACAAAUACACAUCUCUUAUAACCUGUUUAAAAGGAGUGCUCAUUAUAAACUUCUUUGUGUGAAUAUGUUAAGCUCAACGACAAAA